AUCGCUGGGUAGCGUUACUCGACGAAACACCUGGCGCUGGUAUAGUUCAGUUUAGACUGAGGGAGGAUAAAUGGCAGGUGAGGUGUUUGCUGGAGGAGGAAGAGGAGAAGCUGUUUAACUUCUAUUCUAGUGUGUUGUGUAGCGUUAGGUGGAUGAGUAGCUACAUUUCGUGCUGUGUUUUUAAUUAUGAGCGGGCUCGUGUCUGACUGUCAGUCAGCCCAGCAGUCGGAAUGUGAGCGUCUGUCUCCCCGGUCGUUUGUGAAGAGCUGCGGGAGGACUGUGGGGUACGGCCGCUGCUGCUGCUGCUGUAAUAUGAGGACUGACUGGCCCUGUGUAAUCAGGGGACAGUCAGCCCACGCAUGAUGCCCCUCAUCCUGAGUGCCGUGACCGAAGAUGGCGGAGUUGGAUGGUGGGGAAUUCUCUGCGAGUCGUUCACAGAGCAGCAUGGCUAACAAUAAGAACAGCUCCCUCCGCUGCACAUUCUCAGCCCCUAGUCACAGUAGCACUCUUCUGAAGGGGUUAUCUGCUUUAAGAGAGCAAGGCCAGUUGCUGGACGUGGUGCUCGCUAUUAACGAAGAACGCUUCCAGGUUCAUAAAGCCGUUCUGGCCUCCUGCAGUGACUACUUUAGAGCUAUGUUCACUGGCGGCAUGAAGGAAUCAAACCAGGACACUAUUGAGCUAAAGGGCUUGUCAGCUCGUGGACUGAAGCACAUCAUCGAUUUUGCCUACAGCUCCGAAGUCACUUUAGACUUGGACUGCAUUCAGGAUGUUCUUGGUGCAGCUGUCUUCCUCCAAAUGGUGCCAGUGGUGGAGCUUUGUGAGGAAUUCCUCAAGUCCGCCAUGAGUGUGGAGACAUGCCUCAACAUUGGCCAGAUGGCCACUACCUUCAGCCUGUCCUCCUUGAAGGAAUCUGUGGAUGCCUUCACUUUUCGCCACUUCCUGCAGAUCGCUGAAGAGGAGGACUUCCUUCACAUACCCAUGGAACGCUUGGUGUUCUUCCUGCAGAGCAAUAAGCUGAAGAACUGCAGCGAAAUUGACUUGUUCCGCGCAGCCAUCCGUUGGCUGCAGUAUGACGAGUCUCGCCGGGCCGGGGCCAGCCAGGUGCUCCGUCACAUCCGCUUUCCUCUCAUGCGUUCCUCAGAACUCGUAGACAGUGUCCAGACGGUGGACAUAAUGGUAGAAGAUGUACUGUGCAGGCAGUACCUUCUUGAAGCUUUCAACUAUCAAAUCCUUCCCUUCCGACAACACGAGAUGCAGUCUCCUCGCACCAUCAUCCGCUCAGACGUCAUCUCACUUAUCACUUUUGGUGGGACACCUUACACUGACAAUGAUCGUACUGUGAGCAGUAAAGUAUAUUAUCUCCCUGACUGCGCAGCACGGCAGUUCAAGGAGCUUACCGAGAUGGAAUCUGGCUGCAGCCAUGCUUGUGUGUCAGUUCUGGACAAUUUUGUUUAUGUGGUGGGCGGUCAGCACCUGCAGUACCGUAGUGGCGAAGGUGCGGUGGACAUUUGCUUCCGAUAUGAUCCCCACUUGAACCAGUGGUUGCGCAUCCAACCCAUGCAGGAGAGCCGCAUCCAGUUCCAGCUCAACGUUCUGCAGGGUCGACUGUACGCCACAGGGGGGCGCAACAGAUCCGGUAGCUUAUCUUCUGUAGAAUGCUACUGUCCCAAAAAAAAUGAAUGGACUUAUGUUGAUUCGCUAAAGAGAAGGAUAUGGGGUCACGCAGGGACACCCUGUGGAGAGAAACUCUACGUCUCUGGUGGAUACGGAGUUUCUGUGGAGGACAAAAAGACCCUUCACUGCUACGACCCGGUCACAGACCAGUGGGACUUUAAGUGCCCCAUGAAUGAACCACGGGUGCUGCAUGCUAUGAUCAGUGUAAAUGAACGUGUGUACGCUUUGGGAGGCAGGAUGGACCAUGUGGACCGCUGCUUCGAUGUGUUGGCGGUAGAGUAUUACAUUCCAGAGACAGAUCAAUGGACGACAGUCAGUCCAAUGCGUGCAGGCCAGUCUGAGGCUGGCUGUUGCUUAUUGGACCGAAAGAUCUAUGUUGUUGGAGGGUACAACUGGCAUCUAAAUAAUGUCACAAGCAUUGUCCAGGUCUAUAACACUGAGACAGACGAAUGGGAGAGGGAUCUACACUUUCCAGAGUCCUUCGCAGGCAUCGCUAGUACUCCCAUCAUACUGCCACAAACUGUCACUCAGCGAUGAGUGUCUUGGUUUUAACAUUUGCCCCCUUGCCCCAUUUGUGUUUGUUUGAUCUUCCUUAAAGGAAUGGUCAGAUUUUUUUUGUGGCACUUCUGUAUCACAUGGUAGUUGAUCACCACAGACUUUACAUCACAAAAAAAAUGAUUUAAUUUUUUUGUCCCAACAAAUAGGUAUUCAGGGAAUGUCUUACCUAAUUAGUUUUUAGAAUGUCUUAUUAAGGUUAUAAAACACUGGAACAACAUGAUAAAAAGCAUGGUCAGUUACGUUCAUGCUCUGUAAAGGGAACUUUAAAACUGUUAAAAUGUAAGCAAAAUCAUUCAGAUUGAUUUGAUGUUAAAUUACAUUUGUAUACGUGUUUAAGAAUCAUUGAAUCUGUAGUCAUUGUAACUAAAAAUCUGCCACAAAUGCUGCAGAAAGAAGAGUUAGGGUAAAUGCUGCUCAUCUUUAUUUAUUUAAGUUGUUUAAGACGACCUUUGGUCAUCUUGUCUUGGUUAGAGAUAUACUUGCUGUUAACUAUGCAUUGUCAUACAGUAUGCUUGAUGGCUGCCUCAUGUAUCUUGCGUUCAUUUACUGAGUCAGUUGUGCACACCAUUAAAAAUGAACACGACACAUCCGUAAGGUGCAGUGCACGCACUCAGCAACAUCAAAGGGGAGGAACAUUUUGAAGAAAGUCUGCCUGCAACUGUGUGAUGUAUCCAUGCAGCUGUGGCAGGUGGAAGAUGAGUAUGUGAACAGCAAGUAUAUCUAGCCUUAUUCCUGCGUAUUGUGAGUGUCUAUUACACAGUGUUGUAAUUAUUCAUAUUUUCACAUGUUUGUCUCAAGUGUAAAAAGAUGAAACUUCCAUGAAUGACUCAUCCAAAAAUCCCAUAAUGCAGGAUUUAAUGUAUGACAGUGCAGAUAAAGGCAGGACACCUGUGAGUUGCAUUAUGACCCCCUAAAAGACAUGCAACUAUGCACCUCUUCCUAAAAAAACUUAAAUGAGUAAUGUAUUGGAUCAGACAUGCUGGAAUCUGAACUCUGUAGCAACUAGAGUCCUGUUUGCUGCAUUGAUGUCUCUAGUCUAUUCCUAGGAACCCAACACUCUGCACAUUUUACUUUUUCCCUUGCCUACUGGACUUGAUUUUGCUCAUCAGCUAAUUAAUCUAAUUAAUAAGCCCUUCACAAGCAGGGUCCGGUGCAUCAGGCCAGUGAAAUUACAAAAUGUGCAGAACAUGAGGUCACCAAGACUUCACAAGCCUCAUUACCUCAUUAGCGCUCCAGGGGUUGCUUAUGUCUUCUAUUCUUACAUGUGCAUUGAAGGGGAAGUUCAAAUGUUCACAAGUUCUCCUCACCUUUUCCUAAAAUUGACCCAACAUACUGUACCUAAUCAAGACAUUUGCCUGCUUUACAUACUUUUGUCGAUUUUUGUCCAUCAUACAUAAAACAGUAGCUGUACAAUGUCAAGAUAAACUACACAACUUCAGUUUAAGGCAAAUGAUGAUUAAUACUAAUUAAGGGGUUGAAGAUAAAAAGGAAUAAAAAAAUCUUUUUAUUCACCAAUGUUUUCUAAUCCUUCAAAUUUGGGUUCACUUUAUUUAUCUGCUGAACAGCAGAUGUUUUUACUGAAGCACAAUUUAGAGCUUGAUCAAAAUUUUAUUGUGUAUGUAUAUGUGUGUAAUCACACACACACACAGUGGCACGUAAAAGUCAAAAUAUCUGUUACUGUGAAUAAGCAAGUGCAAUAUGGCCUACAUACUUUAUAUAGUCCAUCAAGAUAUUUGCCGCCAUUCCUCUGUCAUCUUGAGAUUUUUACAGAUGGCAUGAUGUUUGCUUCCAAUAUUUGCUGGUACUUAUAACUUUUACCUCUAGCAGUAAAGUUUUCCGUGUGCCAGUGGCUGCAACAUGAUCCAUCCACCCUUAUGCUUAACAGUUGUAUAGGUGUUCUUUAACACCUCACUUUUAACUUUACAAGUUCACAGGAUCCAGAAUAGAUCAGACAUGUCUAGUUGUUCUUUAGAAAAGGUCUGAUACAAUUUUUGUGGUAAGGACAAAGGAGAGUUUUUUUUCUUGCUGAUGACUCUUUCAUCAAGGUCAUUAUUGUGCAGGCAUCGUGGCACAACAUUGUACCACGACUCCAGAGUCUGCUAGACCUUUUUAAAGAGUAAUUAGAGUCUUCCUUAUCUCUAAUGUUUCUUUUAACUGUCGUAACUUUAUUACAUUGCAAACUACAUUAAAAUACUUCCUACAAUUUUUAUAAUGCACUGCUCAGCUUAUUUGGAGGACCAUCUAUAUGGUGAUUGUUGUGAUUGAAGGUUUAAGGAGUCAAAUAAUUAAUAAUAUUUGUUCAACAAAGUUUGCAUUUCAUAGCCUUUCCUAACUAUGAUUGUGAUAACACCAUGGUCGAAACAAGCUAAUUAGGGUCUGACACAAAAUUGUCUUUGUGGGCUCAAACGUUCGCAUUGUGAUCCAUUCCCUGUUUCGCUAUAAAGUGGUACCAAGCAAAAAUAAUGCACAACUUUUGUUUAGAAUUUUUUAAAUAAUGUUUCAUAUGUCUUUAUUAGAUCAGUUUAUUUUCUGAACUAUUCUCAGUAACAGAAAGUUUGACCAGGGGUGCCCAAAUCAUUGCAUUCCAUUGAUGCACAAUAAUGUAUUGCAUAUAAAGAAGUUUGACAAAUUAAUAUUUCGAGAAUUUAGCUGGGUUAAAGUACUUAAUUAUAUCUCUUUUACAAAGUCAGCAAGCACAUUACUCUUGAUCCAAAAUGCACUUUAACCGAAUACAACGUAGCAAGAUCCAAAUAUGGACUAAAGUGAGUGUGUUCACUGUGAUUGCUUAGUGGAAAAGUACACUGGAUUGACUGAAAGUCUGAUAUGAUUUAUAUAGUAUUACUGCAGAGUGACCUGGAAGAAAAAAAAAAAGACGUGGUCUUAUAUAAGUGUGCUGCCGUUCCCACAAUGUAAUUGUAAGACUGCAUUGGCAUGCUUUUCUCCCUAUAUAUGAAUGUAUAAAGAUCACCACAGUCUUAAACACAGCAGCAUUCAGUCUUUACAUUACAUCACUGAAUGCUGCUGGAGUGAUGUGUGUGUUUUUUCUAGUUUUGGUUUGUGUUUUGUAUAAUUUUAGUUGUAUAGUGUGAUUCUGUGUGUAAUGAACAAGCACAUUAUAUGGUAUGAUAUGUGUAUUAAAAUUAGCUGUGAUAAAAAAAAAUAUAUAUAUAUAUAAUUUGUGUCCAUGAAAUGUAAACUAUUGGUACUGUCAGCUCAGGACUUUUCUAGGACAGCAACAUAUUAACUCGCCUGCCUUUUUGUCAUGCAACACAAAGGCAAUCUCCGAAUCCUCUAAAUCUGGGUAGAUUAAAACAAAGUAAACUUGACUAGCUUUUUGUAUAUAUAUAUAAUGCUAGUAACAAUUGUUUUAGUCAUCUUUUUACAUUUAUUUUCUGCCUCACACUAAUAUUAAUUUAGCAUCAGUAGAUACAUUUUAAUCCAAAGAUUUGUACAAAGGAUUUAGCUCAUGUUAGCUUUCAAAACAGAAAUUAUCUGUAGUAUUAAGUGAAUGUUAUCCGUUUUAGGACGCAGAAAACAAACACAUCUGGGGCAGAGGAGAAAUGUGUGAAAGUGUAUUGAGAAAGGGGUUUAGAACUACAGAACACUGCCACUUUCAAGCUCUUACACUGAGAGGUCCAAAAAAGUCUGCAGCCACUCUAGAUGGAAAGUUCUCAAACAGUUUAGACAGCAUCUCUCAACAAUCAGCAUUGUUGUAAAGAAAAUAAACUUUUAAGGCAAAAAAUGGAAACAAACGGAAUUUCAAAUAAAUUAAAAUAUAGCUAUUGAUCUAUCUUAUGAAACAAUAUUUAAUUUUAAAGGUCAGCCACUAGAAUCCAAUCUAUAUUAUUUAAGAAUUGAUAUUAUUUUCAGCAUAUACCAAUAAACCUUUUAGGUACAGAAAUAAAAGCCAAGGUUUCAUCUAUGAACAAUUUAAUUAGCACUUAAUGGAGGCUUAACUGAAUAUCUAAACAUAUAAUAAUUAUUUAUUCUGUGCGAAAUCAAGAACCAAUAAAUUAGUUGGCUUAUAAUUUUGACUGAAGGCUGUUAUGUGUGACCUAUAUUUUUAUCUGUGUCCAAAUGUACUCAUCAUAAUGCAGAAUGGCCCCACCCCAGUACUACAAUAAUUAAUUUAGGAAUAGGAAAUAAUUCUUUCAGUUUAGCAAAUAAACAUUUAUUUCAUGAUUAGAUGAUUUAUUGUACUUUUUUACAGCUGAAGUCUGGCUAACAGUUAUGAGCAUGUUAAAGAAUAACAUUUUUUGUUGUUGAAGAUUGCGAGAAGAGCACUGAUCUCCAAAAAAAUGCUGUUAAAUCUCAGGCAUUGGUGCAAACAAUUCUCAGUCAUAUUUUUUUUUUACCUCACAUUAAUUUACCUCACCUCAGACUUUUUCAUUUUAAAUUCUUCUUCAGAAUUCCCUGCAUACUAUGAGAUGUAUUGUUGCAAAUGCUUAAGCAAAAGGAAUGUACUUAAAAUCCACGUUAACAAGUGAUUUUCAUUUUUGUCAGUGUAUAAAUGCAAUGUUAUUGUGUUCAUUAUUAAAAUAAAUCAUGUGUGUCAGGAGUCAGCAUGUUAUGUAACAUCACAUUUCUGCUUUGCUUUGAUGUGUAUCAUGUUAAAAGCUGUAAAAGAGAUCUACUAUGCUUGUUAAUUGUUCUAUGAUUCUGAAUGUAAUUGCCCUUGGUAGCACUUUUAUGGCUCUUACCCAUUUGUUAUUGCUCACUUUCCAUAUGUGUGGUCCUUUUUACUCCUUUUCCACCCAGCUGACAUAUUGUACUAAUACAUAGUGUUGUGAAUAAAAAAAUAAAUGGA